UCUUUAGAGGAUUCUCUGAGAAGGAUGUUCCUAACCUUUUCUUGAAAAUCAGUGAAGAAAUAACUCAGUUGUUGGAAUUAUCCUUCUAGUGAAAAAGCAAGUAUAUUUGGAAAUAAGCUGACAUCGAUAACGGAUAUGUCGCUCGUCACAGUCCAGCUUGGUCAGUGUGGCAAUCAGAUUGGUUUUGAAGUGUUUGAUGCUCUGUGCAGCGAUGUGCACAGUGCUCACGGGUUGUGCUCUAAGAGGGAAAAUGAGGCAUAUCAGGAGAUUGGCAAAGAACGUUUCUUCACCGAGGAGAAAAGUGGAGUUCCAGUUGCCCGGGCAGUUCUUGUCGAUAUGGAGCCUAAAGUGAUAAGUCAAACAUUGUCUAAAGCUGCUCAGUCUGGCAACUGGAGAUACGGCAGUCACUCACAUUUCUGUCAAAAAGAAGGUUCUGGAAACAACUGGGCCUAUGGUUACAGUGUUCAUGGACCCAAGCAUGAGGAAUCCAUCUUGAAUCUGAUUCAGAAGGAAGUGGAGAAAUGUGACCGCUUGGGUGGAUUUUUCACCGUGAUGAGCAUGGCCGGAGGCACAGGAUCGGGCCUGGGAGCUUUCAGCACUCAGAAUAUAAGAGAUGCCUAUCCAAAUUCUUUUAUAAUGAACCAGGUUAUAUGGCCGUACGGAACUGGUGAGGUUAUUGUCCAGAACUAUAAUUCAGUUCUGACUCUCUCUCACCUAUAUCGCUCUUCAGAUGCCCUCCUUGUUCAUGAAAAUGAUGCCAUCCACAAGAUCUGUGCUAGAUUGAUGAAUAUUAAACAGAUCUCCUUUAGGGAUGUAAAUCAAGUCAUUGCACAUCAGCUGGGAAGUAUAUUCCAGCCUACCUCCUCCUCUGAAGGUUCACCUCAAUACCGAAGAAAUCCAUUAGGAGACUUGAUGCAGAGUUUAGUUCCCCACCCUGAAUUCAAGCUGUUGGGUCUUCGUAACAUUCCUCAGAUGGCUGAGAAGUCACUGGCAUACAGUUCAUUUACUUGGGCUGGGCUCAUCAAGCAUUUGAGACAGAUGCUUAUUUCUAGUGCAAAAAUGGAAGAAGGCAUUGAUUGGCAGGUACGACCGCCUUGGCUAGGGUGCCGUGCAACUGAGAGAGGCCCUCUCAAGAAGGAGCUCCAUUUUAACACUUCUAUUGCUAACCUGGUUAUUCUCCGAGGAAAAGAUGUGCAGAGUGCGGAUUUAGGCAAUUUUAAAGAUCCAGCCUUAUACACUUCCUGGUUACAGCCCGAUGCCGCUUUCUGUGAAUGGAGGACUCCCCGGGCCUUUAACAAGUAUGAGAAGUCGGCAACCCUGGUCAGCAACAGCCAGUUCCUGCUAAAACCCCUCGACACCAUUGUAGGCAAAGCUUGGAAUAUGUUCGCCUCAAAAGCCUACGUUCACCAGUACACAAAGUUUGGCAUGGAGGAAGAGGAUUUUCUGGAUAGUUUCACAGUUCUGGAGCAGGUUGUUGCCAGUUACAGUAAUAUCUAACCUCAGACCAAAGGAAGAGAGUCCAAGAAGAUGGAUAUUUCUAGCAGGCUUGGUUUCAAAAGACUUCUUAAAUUCAGUACUGUGAAGUUUCAAGCCCUAUCCUCCUAAAACAGAUCUUGGGCACACAAGAGUAAGCAAAGGAAAUGAUUUCCUGCAGAGGAGUAAUGUUUUCAAUGAAAGUAACUUGGGCUCCGUAAAGAAGCUUCUAGGGAAGUUAUAUUAACCCUGGGCUGGAGCCUGCCUGGGUUCUUUUCAAACGAUAGACUGGUCCUUUGGCCUAGAGGUGCUUGUUUAAAACUCGUUAUGGGCAGGGAAUGUAUCAGUUAUAUUGUUGUGUUGUAUUCUCCCAAGCCCUUAAUAUAGUGCUCAGCGCACAGUCUACCCCUAAUAAAUAUGACCGAUUGAUUGAGUGAUUGAAUCCUUUUUCACCAAAAGCCAGGGAUGACCCUCGUCAAAUCCCAAGUCCAAUAAUAAUAAUAAUGAUAGCUUUUAUUAAGCGCUUACUAUGUGCAAAGCACUGUUCUAAGC